CAUGGCGACGCUUCCGUCGAACAAACGCUGUUGCUAAGCGAUGCUCGUAAACUUUAACUUAGAAAGACGAUCCCGAAGCUACCCGCAGCUCCAUUCACUUGCGUUCAGUCCAGUUCCAUAGUUUUGUUCCCGUUAUGACCGAGCAGACAGCCGCUGUGGGACAUAAAGUUGGAAAACCGAUGUUGCAUAACUGGGUCGAAGAGAGAGCCAUUGCAGAUCUCCAUACAGAGGACCCAAAGACACACAAGCACAUACAUGGCCACAAGGGGAUUCUCACAAUAGACCUGGAGUCCAAGAUGGAGUCUGUGACUACGCUGAAAGCAGCUUAUGUUGCUCCAAAGACUCCAGUGGGGAAGUUACAGGGCAUCAGAGGCGAGCUGCUUAAAAAACACACUGCCCAGAUGAUAAGUGAGAAGAUUCAUGCUGAUCUGAACCCACUGACUCCCAAAACGGAGUACUGCUCCACAACCCAGAAGGAUUUCUGUGUGGAGGGAUUUGUGCCUCAUAAACCUGAAACAACACGUGUUCAUGACUACAAAACUGACCAGGCCAUCACAUUCUGGAGUGAAAACUGCCAGCAGAUACAGGGUGUGACUGCCGCCCGGAGCUCGAAGGGACCCUUCAGGAAGUCGGCUCUGUUCAGCACGCCCAUCACCGAGCGGCUGGAUGAAAUUGAUCUCCCACCUGACAAUUGAGGCACUACACCAGUGUGCUGUUCUGCCACUUUUUUUUAAUGAUUUUUUUAUUAAAAUGGUAAUCCAUUUUAAAGGUUAAGUUUAGUUCUUAGCGAUAGUGGCACCGCAAAGGAUUUAUCUAUUCUUUAAGGCUAUUCUUUUUUUUGUUAUUAUUGGCACUCAUGUUGGUUAAGUGAACUGCCAUCGCCAAAACAGCAGUUAGAGCUGCACAAGGCUCACUGUGUGUACUGGACAUCAUAAAUCCUAUGCAACAGCUGGGAGACCAGCAUAUAUUCUGUGUACCCGACUGUCAGUGUAUUGACAACAAAACUGACUUGGAUGAGAUGAAUCAGCAGUCAGUGUUUGAAAAGAUGCUACCUAGAUGCUGAGUACCAUGACCGCAGCUGUAUUUACAUCUGCACCAUGAGCACGUCACAGGAAUGGGAGGAAAGAAGGAUGUUUUGAGUGUGGAAGUGGACCCGUGGGAUGUCAUUAUUUUCUUAUUACUGAGAAAGUAUCUCCGUGCCAUCAGUGGAAGAAACUCCAAGCUGCCGGGCAUGACAGAUUAACUCAUUCUCAGUAAUAUGCAUUAAUCUGCCAAUCAGAUUUAAUCAUUUCAGAUUGUCCCUGCCCACUUUUUCCCCAGGUAACAACAACAAAUUGACUGGAGGGUUUUUGAGAUGCUAAAGAUGGCCCCUGGCUGCAAGGAGUGAAUUACUUCUAAUCAGCCAAUCGUAUUGCGUCACUUAGCAUAUGAAACGGUUCAUAACUGUCUGAGAAGCCAGUGUUUUCAAAGUGUGCACAUAUAUCCAAAGGAAAAUUUGUUGUGUACACCUAGCGCUGCGUUGGACCCUUUUUGACUCCAGAACUGCCUUAGAGUAAUUCUUCUUCAUGAAGAUUUUGGUCCACGUUGAUGUGAUUUGUUGGCUCCCACAUCUCAAAGGUGCUCUGAUGGAUUGAGAGCUGGUGAGAAACCAGAACCUUCUCAAGCAAAGUCUAAGAAUAUCUGUAAUAAAUAAACCUUUCACCCUG